CUUUCUAGGGAGUUUUUCACCCAGAGCCUGGUUCCUCUCUAGCUUUCUUCCUAGGUUCCGGCCUUUCUAGGGAGUUUUUUCCUAGCCACCGUUCUUCCACAUCUGCACUGCACUGGUUUCUGUAUAAGCACGUUGUGACAUCUGCUGAUGUAAAAAGGGCUUUAUAAAUACAUUUGAUUUGAUACAGUGCUCUACUUUUGAUCGGGGCCCAUGGUGCUCUGUAGAAGAACACUCAGGGAAAGGGCGCCAUCUUGAAAGCAAGCCACCGUUAGUGUUGAGCACUUCAUUAUUUAUUAUAGAUCACUUACUUAUAGAUUAUUGAUCACGUUUCACUGGAAACCGGAGAUUCUGACAAAGUUUUUCACACACACACGUAACCGGUGUGAAAUGCUAGUUAGCAGUGCGCUCUAGUAGAGUUUCAACCGGGGCCGUCACUCGCUCUGAGACCUUGAAUUUGUUGUUUCCUUUGCUCUCUCUGCGAAGGCCGUGGCUUUCGUGAAGCGACAGGUAAAUAUGCUUCGUGGGAGGCAGUUUAUGUGUGAAGAGGAUCCUUGGUUUGAUCUCAGAUUGGGGCGCUAAUACUGGAGGCAACACUGUUCACUUCUAAUAUGCGAUUCAACAGCAUUUCAAUUCAAGGGGCUUUAUUGCCAUGGGAAACCGAUGUUUACAUUACCAAAGCAAGGGAAAUAGAUACUAAACAGAACAGAUAAUAAACAUUGAUAUCUUUGUCUUGUCUUUUACUCAUGUUGUACAUUUAUUGCCAUAAUAAAACAACGUGUCCUAUUUUCACACUAUUGAUUGACAGAUAACAGAAAUACGCUUAUCAGACUUGAUAUCGAUUGACUCCAUUUGUAAAUAUUGACCGUUUCACCCCCCAAAAUAAGACUGAACUUCUUGAUGCAUAAAAUCCUUAACGUUACUAUGGUGGAGGGUAUAAUUAUAGUAUCAUAUUAUAGUGUCAUGCACUACAAAUAACACAACUGAAAAGACAAAUAAAUUGUAUUUAUUGAGAUAAAUAUUUGUGGCUGCUUCACAUCCUGUAGUGUUGUCUCUACCUUCUUGACCCUUGUGCUGUUGUCUGUGCACAAUAAUGUUUGUACCAUGUUGUACUGUCUCUUUUUGUAGUGUCUCUCUUGUCGUGAAGUGUGUUUUGUCCUAUAUAUAUAAUAAUAAAUAUCCCAGCCCCCUGUCCCGGCAGGAUACUUUUUGGUAUGAUGUCAUUGUACAUAAGAAUUUGUUCUUAACUGACUUGUCUAGUUUAAAUAAAGGUUAAAUAAAAUGAAAAUAAAUCGAUCAAGCACCUUUUUACGCUUUUUCUAUGAGGCUGUCUUACGUAAACUACGUAAUGUAAGUGGAAUUCUUACGUUGGCAGCGCAGCUGUCAGUUUCUAAGUCGAGUUGUGUGUUUAGCGAGCCGGAUAGCUAGUUAGCUACAAUAACAACAGGAGAUAUGGCUGGACUUCAACCCCAGGGGGAUCUCCUGAAAAUGACUCACAGGGAGAACUGGAAAGUACAGCAUGAGCGCCUGCACGUGAAGCACCGGGGCCAUGAGGCCAUGCAUGCAGAGAUGGUGCUCAUCCUCAUCGCUACACUAGUGGUGGCUCAGAUCGUACUGGUACAGUGGAAGCAGCGGCACAACCGCUCAUACAAUUUGGUCACCCUGCUCCAGAUGUGGGUGGUUCCUCUCUAUUUCACUAUAAAACUCUACUGGUGGAGGUUUCUCUCCAUGUGGGGAAUGUUCUCUGUCAUCACCAGCUAUGUCGUCUUCAGAGCUACACGCAAACCACUGUCCUGUCGGACACCACGGAUGGUGUAUAAAUGGUUUCUAUUGAUCUAUAAGCUGAGCUAUGCGGUGGGAGUGAUUGGAUACCUGGUCAUCAUGUUCACAAUGUUCGGCUUCAAUGUCUUCUUCAGGAUCAAGGCUGAGGACUCCAUGGAUGUGGGCGUUAUCAUGCUAUUCUAUGGUCUGUACUAUGGAGUGAUGGGACGGGACUUUGCUGAAAUCUGCUCCGACUACAUGGCCUCAACUAUAGGGUACUAUAACAUGGGAGGAAUGCCGUCCAGGAGCCUGACAGAUGAUAUCUGUGCAGUGUGUGGUCAGAAGAUCCUCGUAGACGUGGAUGAGGAGGGGAUUAUAGAAGAUACCUACCAACUCUCCUGUAACCACAUAUUCCACGAGUUCUGUAUCCGUGGCUGGUGCAUUGUGGGUAAGAAGCAGACGUGUCCGUACUGCAACGAGAAGGUCGACUUGAAGAGGAUGAUGAACAAUCCAUGGGAGAGAACACAUGUCCUGUACGGGCAGCUCUUGGAUUGGCUGAGAUACCUUGUUGCCUGGCAACCCAUCAUCAUCGGAAUAGUCCACGGAAUCAACUUCACCCUGGGGCUGGAGUAGUAGAACUCUGGGAUGAUGAUCGCCUUGCAGAACUCCCUCCCCGGAACUCCCUCUCGGAACUCCCUCCCCGGAACUCCCUCCUCGGAACUCCCUCCUCGGAACUCCCUCCCCGGGACUCCCUCCCCGGAACUCCCUCCCCGGAACUCCCUCUCCGGAACUCCCUCCCCGGAACUCCCUCCUCGGAACUCCCUCCUCGGAACUCCCUCUCGGAACUCCCUCCUCGGAACUCCCUCUCGGAACUCCCUCCUCGGGACUCCCUCCCCGGGAACUCCCUCCACCGGAACUCACUCCCCGGAACUCCCUCUCCGGAACUCCCUCCUCUGAACUCCCUCCUCGGAACUCCCUCUCGGAACUCCCUCCUCGGAACUCCCUCUCGGAACACCCUCCCCGGAACUCCCUCCACCGGAACUCACUCCCCGGAACUCACUCCCCGGAACUCCCUCUCGGAACAUUUGGAAUCCGUGCAUUUAAUUUAUUCAAACCCCCCCUAACACAAGUGUUUAUUUAUGAUCUGUAAAUGAUGUACUUUAUACAAUGCUUGCAUCCCAAAUGGUACCCUAUUCCCUAUAUAGCCUGCUCCUUUUGGUUAAAUGUAGUGCACUGUAAAGGGGAUAUGGAGCCAUUUGGGAUGCAGACAAUGUCAAGUGUGAACUACGAUGGGUUUCUUUACCAUUGCGGUUUGUUCUACAGUUUACACUCCGCAGAUACACUGGUAUCUGGUAUACCAAACCUGAUGACUGACCUCUCUGUCCCAAUACCAAACCUGAUGACUUCUCUCUCUGUCCCAAUACCCAACCUGAUGACUGACCUCUGUCCCAAUACCAAACCUGAUGACUGACCUCUCUGUCCCAAUACCAAACCUGAUGACUGACCUCUCUGUCCCAAUACCAAACCUGAUGACUGGCCUCUCUGGCCCAAUACCCAACCUGAUGACUGGCCACUCUGUGCCAAUACCCAACCUGAUGACUGACCUCUCUGUCCCAAUACCCAACCUGAUGACUGGCCACUCUGUCCCAAUACCAAACCUGAUGACUGACCUCUCUGGCCCAAUACCCAACCUGAUGACUGCCCUCUCUGGCCCAAUACCCAACCUGAUGACUGCCCUCUCUGGCCCAAUACCCAACCUGAUGACUGGCCUCUCUGUCCCAAUAUCCAACCUGAUGACAUCUCUCUGUCCCAAUAACUGACCUGAUGACUGACCUCUCUGUCCCAAUACCCAGCCUGAUGACUGACCUCUCUGUCCCAAUAACCAACCUGAUGACUGACCUCUCUGUCCCAAUACCCAGCCUGAUGACUGACCUCUCUGGCCCAAUACCCAACCUGAUGACUGACCUCUCUGUCCCAAUACCCAACCUGAUGACUGGCCUCUCUGUCCCAAUACCCAACCUGAUGACUGACCUCUCUGGCCCAAUACCCAACCUGAUGACUGGCCUCUCUGUCCCAAUAACCAACCUGAUGACAUCUCUCUGUCCCAAUAACCGACCUGAUGACUGACCUCUCUGUCCCAAUACCAAACCUGAUGACUGACCUCUCUGUCCCAAUACCCAACCUGAUGACUUCUCUCUCUGUCCCAAUACCCAACCUGAUGACUUCUCUCUCUGUCCCAAUAACCAACCUGAUGCAUUAGGUAGUGUGAAGCAAAGUGUUGGCCAUGCAUACUAAGUAGUGUAGUGUGCACCGUUAGUCACCACCACAAAAAGCUGCUUUGUCUUUUUAAAACCUGUUUGAUUGAACUUUAUGCACCCUAUUUAUGCACCCUUUAUGCACCCUAUUCCCUAUGUAGUGCACUACUUUAGACCUGAGCCCCUAUAGGCAAUAUGGUUUGCACACUUAUUUAGCCUGGGGAAGUCACAUCUCUUGUUCAAGAUAGAUAAGAUUAACUCAGAGUUUCAGUUCUGAUCUAGGAUCAGUUCAGCCUUUAAUGAAUCAGAUUAAAUGGACGGGGGACCUGGUCCUAGAUCAACACUCCUACUGAUCUAGGAUCAGUUUAAUGAAUUAGAGCAAAUGGACAGGGACCUGGUCCUAGAUCAACACUCCUACUGAUCUAGGAUCAGUUUAAUGAAUUAGAGCAAAUGGACAGGGACCUGGUCCUAGAUCAACACCUCUACGGAUCUAGGAUCAGUUCAGCCUUUAAUGAAUCAGAUGAAAUGGACGGGGGGGGGGGGACCUGGUCCUAGAUCAACACUCCUACUCUGUGAAUAUGGUUCCAGGGAUAUAGUUUACAAAAUCUGAUUUCUAGGAUAAUAUUUAUUUACGUUGAAUACUAUAGGAUGUAGGGGUAGGGUGCCAUAUUGGAAGGACUGUGUCACAUUCAACAAAAACAAAAGGUGCCUCUGUGUUGACGUGUUGCACGUAUCACAUACACGCUGUGUCCAAAACGGCACACUCUUCCCUACAUAGGCCACUACGUCAUUCCAUUAAAUAUAUAGUGUACCACUUUUUGAACUGGUCAAACCGAAAUGGCAACCCAUUCACUACACAGUGCCCCAGUGCACUACUUUAGACCAGGGCUGUAGGGACCUAUUGGAAUAGGGUUUCAGACCAGGGCCCCAGUGCACUACUUUAGACCAGGGCCGUAGGGACCUGUUUGAAUAGGGUUUCGGACCUGGGCCGUAGUGACCUAUUUGAAUAGGGUUUCAGACCAGGGCCGUAGGGACCUAUUGGAAUAGGGUUUCAGACCAGGGCCGUAGGGACCUAUUGGAAUAGGGUUUCAGACCAGGGCCGUAGGGACCUAUUGGAAUAGGGUUUCAGACCAGGGCCGUAGGGCACUAUUUGAAUAGGGUUUCAGACCAGGGCCGUAGAGACUUAUUUGAAUAGGGUUUCAGACCAGGGCCGUAGGGACCUACUGGAAUAGGGUUUCAGACCAGGGCCGUAGGGCACUAUUUGAAUAGGGUUUCAGACCAGGGCCGCAGAGACUUAUUUGAAUAGGGUUUCAGACCAGGGCCGUAGGGAUCUAUCUGUAACCUGCAGGAUAAACUCUAUGCCAUAGAACGGACCUCCCAAUUCAAGUCAAUGAUGGCAUACUGGGUGUAGAGGUUCCAUUUUUAUAUUCCAGACCUGACCGAUAAAGAGCUGUUGGCUAUAUGUUUUCCUUUUUUAAACCUCUCAUCUAUGACCUCUAGGUGUUUCAAACCUCUCAUCUAUGACCUCUAGGUGUUUCAAACCUCUCAUCUAUGACCUCUAGGUGUUAUAAACCUCUCCUCUACAACCUCUAGGUGUUAUAAACCUCUCCUCUACAACCUCUAGGUGUUUCAAACCUCUCAUCUAUGACCUCUAGGUGUUAUAAACCUCUCCAGGACCUCUAGGUGUUAUAAACCUCUCCUCUAGGACCUCUAGGUGUUUCAAACCUCUCCAGGACCUCUAGGUGUUAUAAACCUCUCAUCUAUGACCUCUAGGUGUUUCAAUCCUCUCCAGGACCUCUAGGUGUUUCAAACCUCUCCAGGACCUCUAGGUGUUUCAAACCUCUCUAGGACCUCUAGGUGUUUCAAACCUCUCUAGGACCUCUAGGUGUUUCAAACCUCUCUAGGACCUCUAGGUGUUUCAAACCUCUCUAGGACCUCUAGGUGUUUCAAACCCCUGACCUAGCGCACCUAAUUCAAAUAGUCAAGGGCUUGAUGAUUGGUUGACAAGUUGAAUCAGGUGUGAUAGCUCUGGAAUAGUUCAAAUACAUGGAACGGCUGGAGAACCCAGAGGAGAGGUUUGGAACUGCUGGAGGUCCCAGAGGAGAGGUUUGAGAACGGCUGGAGGUCCCGGAGGAGAGGUUUGGAACGGCUGGAGAACCCAGAGGAGAGGUUUGAGAAUGGCUAGAGGUCCCAGAGGAGAGGUUUGAAAACGUCUGGAGAACCCAGAGGAGAGUUUGAGAACGGCUGGAGGUCCCGGAGGAGAGGUUUGAAAUGGUUGGAGGUCCCAGAGGAGAGGUUUGGAACGGCUGGAGAACCCAGAGGAGAGGUUUGGAACGGCUGGAGGUCCCAGAGGAGAGGUUUGAAAACGUCUGGAGAACCCAGAGGAGAGGUUUGAGAACGGCUGGAGGUCCCGGAGGAGAGGUUUGGAACGGCUGGAGAACCCAGAGGAGAGGUUUGGAACGGCUGGAGGUCCCAGAGGAGAGGUUUGAAAACGUCUGGAGAACCCAGAGGAGAGAUUUGAGAACGGCUGGAGGUCCCGGAGGAGAGGUUUGGAACGGUUGGAGGUCCCAGAGGAGAGGUUUGGAACGGCUGGAGAACCCAGAGGAGAGGUUUUGGAAAGGGCUGGAGGUCCCGGAGGAGAGGUUUUGGAAAAGGCUGGAGGUCCCGGAGGAGAGGUUUGGAAAAGGCUGGAAGUCCCAGAGGAGAGGUUUGGAAAAGGCUGAGCUAUAUGUUUGCCAAACAACUUUACACGUCUGUUUCACACACAGGAAGGUAUUGCAGUUGAAUCACAAUUCAUGUUGAUUAAAACAAAUGAUAAUGAAA